UGUCUGACGUCUCUGUGCGACCGGCCUGAGGCGGCGCUGCAACGCGCGCCCUGCUGCUGUACAGCGGAGCCCUGCUGCAAGAAAGGUUCAAGGCCUGCGCUCCCUUCCUUCUCCCCUUGGGGUUUUGCGCUUGGGAAGGGGAGAACAGCUCGCAAUCGCAAAGGUAAGAUUUCUGUUGUCCCAGCAGAAAUUGAGGAACCAUGAUGUUUGAUGAUGAUGAUGAUGAUGGUGUGGAGCCACAGUUCAACGCCGUGGACGAAUAUUAUUUUGAGGUUACCAAGGACGAGCUUGUUUGUUUUAGUAUUUUGCCUUUUCAGUUUGAUGAGAAUGAUGAAGUGGGAGAGUGUGAUUCUGAGAAGAAAGUAUACUUGCGUGGAGUCAUGGAUAAAAUCCCGUCUAGUGCACAAGCAAGUGGUAGCUUGGAGGGUAGGACUUGACUGUGAGCAGCCAAACAUCUCAGUUCUUUCGACUGAGGGAAAGUGGAUAAAACUGUUGAAUCCAUGGAAAUGCUACAAACAUGAGCUUGCUCGGUCAAUAUUGAUCACAGUUCAAAUGCUCCACUUUGUCAGGAGGCAGCAUAGAUAUAAGAGAGACCUUUGGGAUCGCCUUUGGGAUCACCUCAAUGAAGUUUUCAUUAAACUUGGUACUAAACCUGCCAUAUAUGACUUGAGGAAGCACCAUCCCCUUAUCAAGCUAUUCCUAGAGAGAGAUCAAGCUUUUAUGAAGUUAAAGAUCCUGCACAGGUUUAUUGGGGAUAUCACCAAGACUAUGGAAGAGCCGAGGGCCUUGGGCACCAAAGUGCAAUUCACUGGUAGUGAUGAGCCACGUGAAAGAAACAAUGGCGCUGAUUCUGAAUAUGAUGAUGAUGAUGGCAAUGAUGAUUCUGAUUACGAUGAAGAUAUUAACAGUGUUGGUGAUACUAAUAAUGACGAUGGUGCUGAUACGUUAUGUGCUUUAUGCGAUGAUGGAGGAAAUUUGCUCAGCUGUAUAGGCCGGUGCAAGAGGUCCUUCCAUCCCAGAAAGGAAGAUGGCAAAGAAUCUAAAUGUAAAACUCUUGGUUACACUUCGGCACAGUUGAAGGAAAUUGAUUCUUAUCUAUGCAAGAACUGUGAAUAUAAGCAACACCAAUGUUUCAAAUGUGGAGAACUUGAGCCAUCAGCAGAACCAAAUGCUAAGUACUUCCUACCCAUGACAUGGAAAAAGGCUGAGAGGAAACUUCGGAAACAACACAGGAAGGGGUUUAACUCUUUGUGCAUCCUUGGAGCCUGGAUCCUAUGGAAGCAUAGGAAUGCUUGUGUUUUCGAAGGGGUGUCUCCAAACCUGCAGAUUGCUGACAAGCUUCAUUCGCAAAUGCAACCCGGAGAUAUGGACUACUUGAUGGAUGAUUCCCAUGUGGACAAGGAUGCUGAAUUGGACAAUGAGAUCUGCAGAACUCCAGAGGAUAAAGAUGGCGAUGGGAAAGAAAAAUCAUCAGAGCAUUCAGUAGAAGCAGAAGAUGCUACCAACAAAGACACUUCCCAUGAAAAUAAUGAGCGAAAUGAUGUGUUAGGCCAGAUCAAUGUGGAUAUACACGCUGAAGUAGAUCAAAGUAAAUUUAAAUCAAGAGCAGAGAGAAGCAUGGAGUUGAGAGAAAAUGCAGAUGGACAUGACUCAAUAUCGGGACAAGAGAUCUCAAUUGGAGAAAAUCAAAUGUGUCAAGGGAUGUGUGAACAAGAAUCAAGAUCAGGUAAAGGGAAGAUUACCAGGAAUAAAAGUGCUAAAUCUGGUUUGGGCAACGGUGUAACACCAAAUCAUGUUGAUGACAAUCCUCGUGAAAAGCUGCUGCAUGUUCCACAUGUUGAUAAGAUGACUAAUACAAAUGGACUACAUCCUCAGCCAGAAUAUGGUUGUGGCAAAGACCAAGAAGUUAAUGGGGGCCAUGCUUUUCAGGAGCCAAAUAGUUCUCGGUGCAAUGUUAAUCCAGAAGCUAUGGGCAUACAUACUUUAGGUGACAAGUCAAGAAAGAGAAGGGAGCUAGAGAAAAAAUCAGCUGAUGAUAACAGCACAGACUUGGAUAAGAAGAAAAGAUGCAGUCACAUUCAAGAUGGAAAAAAAGCACAUUGUGAUGAUAGUAGUCGUCAAUGUCAUUCACUUCAUAAAGUACUGGAUUAUGAGGAUCGCAAGUUUGGAAAUAGUGGGCGUGGUUCUCGGUGCUAUGAUGAGAACGGUGCAGCUGAGAUUUCUGAAUACAAAUCCAGACAGAGUACAGGACCAAGUAGUUCUCAGUGCAAUGUUGAUCCUGAAACUAUGGGCAUGCAUACUUCAGGUGACAAGUCAAGAAAGAGAAAGAACCUGAAGAAAAAGGCAGCUUAUUGUAUCAAUACAGAUUUGGAUAAGAAGAAAAGAUGCAAUCACAUAGAAGAUCUAAAAGUAGCACAUGGUGCAGCUGAGGUUUCUGAAUACAAAUCCAGGCAGUGUACAGGAUCAACUGGAAGAGAAAAUGUGGCUUGAAGUAGAAGAGAAAAUUCAUCUAACUCACCCAUGGGUAGAAAUUUUCAGGAGAAACCAAGGAACCAUUUAUCAAACAGGCAGAGGAGCUACCGUGAUAGGGAUGCAACUAACCGACACAGGUAUGAACAAUAUCAUGAUGCUAGCUAUCUCAGCAGUGGCGAUUAUGGCCCGAGGAGUCAUGUUCCCUUGUGCCCUGUAUCUGCUCCCACUGAUUUUGAUGCUAGGUACGAUCCCCAUUCAUACCCAAGAGGACCAGAACAUGAUAUUACUGGAUGGGACAGGCCCCAGUUAUACCCAGGAAGAGCUGGAUAUUUCACUGGUGGAUGGCAGAGUCCUCCUUAUUGUCCAGCAAGACCAGAGAGAGCAUAUUAUUCAAGGAAUGUGAACAGCUUUCCCAUUGAUGGAUAUGAUGAACAUGGCAAUUUCAUGCACGGUGCAUACCGUGCAAUGGGAUUUACUCCUGCUGCUAUGAACCCCCCCUUUCAGGUCAGCAACAACGGCACAUAUCAACCUCGCACAGAUGUUGACAUGGAAGGAUGUGGAGAAGCAUAUUGUGGCAAUAAUAGAGAGUAUGGAGCUAGAUCAACUUAUACAUUUUGCUCGGGGCCUCUGCGUUCAGCUGCAGGGUCGGUUAUGGACAGGUAUGCUCCUAACCUUGAGCAAACAAACCAUCGAGCAAGAGGCUGACUACAUCAUGUCCUGCCUCAUAUUCAGUGGUGGCACUUGACAGGUACUCUUCAGGGCGACAUAUUGGGCAAGGUUUUGGUCGCAGCUAUCUGAAGCGGAAGCGUUGCAGCAAGUAAAGAACAGUUGUCAGCAUUUGGAAGGGGUGAUAAUGGAGCUCUACAACAAAUGGGGUUGGAAUUUCAGAAACAGAAUUCGGCAGUAGUAUUUCAGUCUUAGCUGUAUCAGUUUGGAUAGUUUUGUGAGCUCUUGCUCCAGCAGCCUGUGUGCUGUGGUUGUGAUGUGUAACGACCCAAGUUUAAUUAUCAUGAUAAGCAUUGCAUGAUGAGCAUCCUUGUUUAGCUUUGAGUAGCAUCCUUGUUUAGCUUUGAGAAAAAUUUUGUGCUUUAUUUGAAUGCAUUUGAAUUUAAUUUUGAAUUGUUAUACAUUUGAAACUCAUGCUUUGUGAA